AUGUUUUUUGGUCCUACAAUUUUCAGAUUGUGCGAACAAGGAACUGAAGUUUAUUUACUUUGUUUAUCUAAUGGUAAUUAUGAAGGAAAAGGCAAUGAAAGGAGAAAAGAACUGUGGCAAGCUUGUUAUAUACUUGGAGUGCCUGAUAGCAACAUAUGUCUCAUUUCCGAUACAAGAUUACAAGAUAAUCCAAAAGAACAAUGGCCAGUUCCUGUAAUAGCGAAGCUUAUACAACAUCAGUUAGAAGCCUUAGACAUAGAUACCUUAGUCACAUUUGACAGGGGAGGUGUUUCCUCACAUCCUAAUCAUUCAGCUGUCUUUUAUGCAGUUGCUUAUAUGUUUGUUGAAAAAAACAUGCCACAAAAGUGUGCAGUCUACACAUUGGAUUCAGUAAAUAUAUUGAGAAAAUAUCUGGGUUUCUUAGAUCUACCCUUAAGUUUUGUAUUGUCUUCCAAAAGAUAUUUCCUGCGUUGGACAGAAAGUCGCCGAGUCACACGAGCUAUGAAGCAACAUAAAAGUCAAAUGGUUUGGUUUAGAUAUUUGUACAUCAUGUUUUCUAGAUACAUGAUCAUAAAUACUCUCAGGAAAAUAAAUCUUGCAGACAUUGAACUGGAACUUGAAGUUGAUGAU